CCAAGUCCCUUACCCAAAGAACACGUCCAAGAGUGAGUGAGAGAAUUGAAUAUUUGAGUUCGUAAAUCAGUUGUUUUUUUGGUGCGGAAGUAAAAAUAUCAUAAAACAAAAAUGUCUGGCUGUGGUUGUGGCUCUAGCUGCUCGUGUGGAAGUGGCUGCAAAUGUGGUAGAAACCCUGACCUCGGUUACUCCGAGAAGACCACCACUGAAACCAUCAUUGUUGGGGUUGCACCAGUUAAGAUAGACAAUGAUGGAUCGGAGGUGAGCCAUGGAACAGAGAACGAGGGGUGCGGCUGCGGCAGUAACUGCCAGUGCGACCCAUGCACGUGCAAAUGAUCAAAACUUGGACAAUUAUAGAGCCCAUAAGGAGGCCUAUAAAUAAUAAUUAAGAAAAAGAAAAUUAUUAUAUGGUGCUGAGUCUGUGGUUGGGAUCUAUAUGAUAAAAAAAAGCCUGAUGUAAAUAAGACUGCCAUGGAGUUUGAAGUAGUAUUUUUAUUUCAUGGCUUUGUUUAAUUUCUGUGUUUCUGCUUAGAUAUAUAAAUCUUGGGCUUGAUUCUGCUUUUGCUAGUAUUGGGGCAAUGGAGUUCGUUGUCUUUGUUUUGGUCUUCAACUGAAACGCUAAAUUAUGUUUUAACAAUUUCAAGUA